AUGCGCUCGUUUGAAUGGGCAGUCCUUGGAUUAGGGGCGGUCGUGUCGGGGGUAAAGGCGUUGACGCCUGAAGAGCUAAUUGCAGCUCCUCGGCGUGGUGAGGCCAUCCCUAAUCCCUCGGGAGAGGUCGCUUUAUUCUCGUCCUCGGAGUACUCGUGGGAGACGCACAAAACCUCGUCGACGUGGAACUUGAUCGAUCUCGACAGCGGCAAGAUCACAGUGCUCACGAAUGACAGCAAUGUCUCCGAGCUCAUCUGGUUGGGCACCGAUGAUUCAAGACUGCUGUAUAUCAACAGCACGAACGCCGACAUCCCCGGUGGCGUUGAGCUGUGGAUUUCUGACACGGUCAGUUUCGAGAAGUCUCGCUACAAAGCCGCGUCUCUUCCCGCUCCGUUCUCGGGUCUGAAGACUGCGAUUACCAAGGCAGGCGAUAUCAACUUCCUAGCAUAUGCCCAGUCCUACGGGAAUGGAACUGCAUAUAACGAAGAGCUGGCAACUGCUCCGCUAAGCUCUGCUCGCAUCUACGACAGCAUCUACGUGCGCCAUUGGGACACUUGGCUGACGACCACUUUCAAUGCUGUCUUCUCCGGCACCCUGAAGAAGAAGGACAAACAGUCGGCCAACUCCCGCUAUACCUCUGACGAGCCGCUCAAGAAUCUCGUUGCUGGUGUGAAGAAUCUGGAAUCGCCAUACCCUCCGUUCGGCGACUCUUCGGAUUACGACCUUUCUGCGGACGGAAAAUGGGUCGCUUUCAAGAGCAAAGCUCCUGAAUUGCCCAGAGCAAAUCACACUGCGUCGUAUAUCUACCUCGUUCCGCACGAUGGAUCUAAGAAGCCAGAGGCAAUCAACGGCCCAGACAGCCCCGGGACUCCCGAUGGAGUAAAGGGUGAUUCCAGCAGCCCAUCCUUCUCCCCAGAUAGCAAGCGUAUUGCAUACUUUCAGAUGGAGGAUAUCGCAUACGAGUCUGAUCGCCGUGUGCUCUACGUAUACUCCAUUGGAUCUGAAAAGACUAUCCCUGCUUUGGCUAAGGAUUGGGACCGCUCACCAGAUGCAGUCAAGUGGACGGCCAAUGGCAAGAAUCUCAUUGUCAACGCUGAGGAUCAUGCGCGUGGGCGUCUCUUCUUCCUUCCUGCCGAUGCGGGUGAUGACUACAAGCCACAAAACUUCACCAGCACCGGCUCCGUCAAGGGCUUCCGCAACCUCCCCAACGGCGAUUUCUUGAUCACCGGCUCCGCUAUCUGGACCAGCUGGACUGUAUACAGUGCGAACCCCAAGCACGGUGUUGUUUCCACGCUGAUCUCUGCUAAUGAGGUGGAUCCUGGUUUGAAGGGACUGGGACCCGCUGAUUUGGAUGAGUUUUAUUAUGAAGGAAACUGGACCAAGAUUCAUUCCUGGCUUAUUUAUCCUGCCAACUUUGACAAGUCCAAGAAAUACCCAUUGGUCUUCUUUGUUCACGGCGGACCCCAGGGCUCAUGGGCUGACUCUUGGAGUACACGGUGGAAUCCCAAGGUCUGGGCAGACCAGGGCUACGUCGUCGUUGCACCGAACCCGACAGGCAGCACUGGCUUUGGACAGGAGUUAACUGAUGCUAUCACGAACAACUGGGGUAGCUACCCCUACGAUGAUCUGGUCAAGGCCUGGGAGUAUGUCCGAGACAAGUUUGACUUCAUUGACACGGACAAUGGCGUGGCUGCGGGUGCUAGUUAUGGAGGUUUCAUGAUGAACUGGAUCCAAGGUAACCCGCUUGGACGAGAGUUCAAAGCCAUUGUCACCCACGACGGAACCUUUGUUGCGGAUGCGAAGAUUUCCACCGAUGAGCUCUGGUUCACCGAGCAUGAUUUCAACGGCACCUUCUGGGCCAACCGAGACAACUACCGCCGCUGGGACCCCUCCGCGCCCGAGCACAUUCUGCAGUUCAGCACCCCCACUUUGGUCAUUCACAGCACGAAGGACUACCGUCUGGCCGAAUCUGAGGGUCUGAGCCUGUUCAAUGUCCUCCAGGAACGCGGUGUUCCCAGCCGUCUGCUGAACUUCCCCGAUGAGAACCACUGGGUCACGAACAAGGAGAACAGUCUGGUGUGGCAUCAACAAGUCCUGGGCUGGAUCAACAAGUAUUCUGGCGUUGGAGCUAAAAACCCCGACGCCGUCAGCUUGGAGGACACUGUGAUUCCAGUUGUCAAUUACAAUCCUUGA